AAAGCUGAUAGUAACGAAAAAUUCAAAAAGCUCCUGCUCUCCUUACAGGUUACAGGUAGUACCUACCCGUGGACCUGAUGGAGUACCAACCAACCAUUUAGACCAUUCAGCCUUUACCAACUCCGUACUUGCCGUCUUCCAAGCUUUCUUCUUAUAACUCUUUUCCUCCGACUCGACUCUUCGAAACUUCCUCUCCUAUUCUACAUUUUCUUCUCCUCCAUAACACACCCUCCGUCUUCUCGUCCCUUCAAAUAUCUCUUACACCGUUUCCCCCGCCUACUUAUCUCCUAGGCACCUCGAUCUCAUCUUCCCCUCCUUCACCGCUUUUCGUCCCAAUUCAUCAACCUCCUCACAAUGUCUGCCCCCGCCUCCAAGUUCAAGGUCGCCGACCUCUCCCUUGCCGCUUUCGGCCGCAAGGAGAUUGAGCUCGCAGAGAACGAGAUGCCUGGUCUGAUGGCUAUCCGAAAGAAAUACGCCGCUGACCAGCCCCUUGCCGGUGCCCGCAUUGCUGGUUGCUUACAUAUGACCAUUCAGACCGCUGUCUUGAUUGAGACCUUAACUUCUCUUGGUGCUGAGGUUACCUGGACCUCUUGUAACAUCUUCUCUACCCAAGAUCACGCCGCUGCUGCCAUCGCUGCUGCUGGUGUCCCCGUCUUCGCCUGGAAGGGUGAGACCGAGGAGGAGUACAACUGGUGCUUGGAGCAGCAAUUGCUUGCUUUCAAGGAUGGAAAGAAGCUCAACCUGAUCCUCGAUGAUGGUGGCGACCUGACCCACCUCGUCCACGACAAGUACCCCGACAUGUUGAAGGACUGCUUUGGUGUUUCCGAGGAGACUACCACCGGUGUCCACCACCUAUACCGCAUGCUGAAGAACAACACUCUUCUCGUGCCCGCCAUUAACGUCAACGACAGCGUUACCAAGAGCAAGUUCGACAACCUGUACGGUUGCCGUGAGUCUCUGAUCGACGGUAUCAAGCGUGCUACCGACGUCAUGAUUGCUGGUAAGAUUGCCGUCGUUGCCGGUUUCGGUGACGUCGGUAAGGGUUGUGCCAUGGCUCUCCACGGAAUGGGUGCCCGCGUCCUUGUCACUGAGGUCGACCCCAUCAACGCUCUCCAGGCUGCUAUGGCCGGUUUCCAGGUUACCACCAUGGAGAAGGCUGCUCCCAUCGGCCAGAUCUUUGUCACUACCACCGGCUGCCGAGACAUCCUGGUCGGCCAGCACUUCGAGGCUAUGCCUAACGACGCCAUUGUUUGCAACAUUGGUCACUUCGAUAUCGAGAUUGACGUUGCCUGGUUGAAGAAGAACGCCAAGAGCGUCCAGAACAUCAAGCCCCAGGUUGACCGCUUCCUCAUGGCCAACGGCCGACACAUCAUCCUCCUGGCUGAGGGCCGACUGGUUAACCUUGGAUGCGCAACUGGUCACUCCUCCUUCGUCAUGUCCUGCUCUUUCAGCAACCAAGUCCUUGCGCAAAUCAUGUUGUUCAAGGCCCAGGACAAGGCUUUUGGCCAGAAGUAUGUUGCCUUCGCCAAGACGGAGAAGCUGCCUAUCGGCGUCUAUGUGUUGCCCAAGAUCCUGGACGAGGAGGUCGCUAGACUACACCUUUCCCACGUUAACGCCGAGCUCACCAGCCUUACCAAGGUACAAGGCGAGUAUCUCGGUUUGGAGCUUGAGGGACCUUUCAAGAGCGACCACUACCGCUACUAAUUUCAGUUCUGUAUACGCAUUACUUCUACGUACACAGAUAUCAAUAUGUGUACUUAAGAGUUAUUUACGAUUAACUCGCUAAGAUUCUCGUAAUUAGACGGGAUCGGUCUGUGUUUCAACAAGCAUGAGUCUACGCACGCAUCAACUUGCAUUGGGGAUACGGGGUAUGAGGAAUCAAAAGGGACCAGGAGUGCCGGCAGGUCAUAUUUUUUCAACAAAAACGGCGUUGGCAAUUUGAUGCAUGACAUGAUUCCCCUCAUGGCGUUUGGAGAUUUAAAGGCCAAGGAAAUGGUCCAUUUGAUAAAUACCUAUACAGCUACAGAAGAGAGCUGGGCAUUGUCCGUCAACCGGAUAUGGAUAGAAAAUAGAAGCAACCUGUGCGCGUUUUCUGUCUA